GCGAACGCCGGCGGAACAGACGACGGUGGUGGCGAGCUGCAUCUUAGCCUCCACGUCCCGUUAAGUUUCAUUAUUUCACUCCGAGGAAUCCACGUCUGGAGAUCAAAUCAGACGGUUGUUCUUCGGGACAGGCUCCAGGUUGACAGAAGGCACCCCUCCCUCCCCCUCCCCUCAGUCCAGAUUGGCCCGGAUUGGCCAAUCGGCCGGAGGGGUUUUAGACUACAGCACAGCAGCAUCGUCUCGUCCGCGCGCGAGGAGGAGGCGGUGACCAUGGCGACGGCGGCGGCGACCCCCGAGCCGCUGACGGUGCUGUCGCGCUGGUACCUGUACGCCAUCCACGGCUACUUCUGCGAGGUGAUGUUCACGGCCGCCUGGGAGUUCGCGGCGCACCGCAACUGGAAGUUCCCGGGCGUGACCAGCGUGUGGGCGCUCUUCAUCUACGGCACCUGCAUCCUCAUCGUGGAGCACAUGUACCUGCGGCUGCGAGGACGCUGCCCCACCCUGCUGCGCUGCCUCAUCUACACGCUCUGGACCUACCUGUGGGAGUUCGGCACCGGCCUGCUGCUGCGCCAGUUCAACGCCUGCCCGUGGGACUACUCCCAGUUCCAGUACAACUUCAUGGGCCUGAUCACGGCCGAGUACGCGCUGCCCUGGUUCUGCGCCUCCUUCAUCGUGGAGCGGCUGGUCAUCCGCAACACGCUCCGGCUGCGCUUCGACGAGAAGGCCGACCCGGCCGCGGCCCUGCGGAACGGGGCCGAUGCCGACGGGCCGGGCCUGGGCACCUCCAACGGGUACCUGAAGGCUGACUGA